AUGGCAGAUCUCUUCGGCGAGAAUUUCCUAGGCGUUAGCUCUUCUUCCUCUCAGUUACGACCUACACAGACAAACCAUGCCACAUCAUCAGCAUCCACGGGCCAUGGCGACGCAGAUAACGUCCAUCUGCCUCGUACCAAGCGCAUCGCAUGUCAUGAAUGUGCUUACGAUGAAGUUCGCAAAAAGAGUGGUCCAAAGCGGGGUUAUGUGAAGCAGUUGGAAGCGCGUCUGGCCCAGGUCGAAAAUCUGUUAAGGACCCAAGAGCCGAGCGCAGCCCAGACUCAAGAGAAUCAUAGCCAUAUUCCAGCGUCGAAUGAAAAUGAGAUGACGAGCUUACCGGAUGUUCCCUUACUCGCAACCGAUCUAAGCAGCUCUCUGUCACCUCCGCAGCCCAUGGGUGAGCAUCAAGCUUUGUCUCAGGCAUACCUACCAUCAGGACACAAUGCUGGGGGUAACUUUGAUUGGCAUAUGUUGGGUCUGGGACUCGAGGAACCGUUGCCAACUCAGGAUGUUAUCGAUGAAUUGUACGCCUAUAAUAUUUUUCCUUUCUCCAAAUUGCGGGCCCGCAAAUACGCUGAAUUGGAUGAAAUGAAAGGCUUCGGGGAGAGCAUGGUUUCUCUGACACACUGCCAAACUUGGAUCCUGAUCAGCACAUACGAGUUCAAAAUGAUGUAUUUCCCGCGAGCGUGGCUCAGUAGCGGCAAAGCUACACGACUGGCGCUCAUGAUGGGCCUGAAUAGGCUAGAUGGAUUGGGCCCCGAAGUGAAGCAAUCAUUACCACCACCUAGAGACUGGACGGAAAAAGAAGAGCGGCGAAGAACCUUUUGGAUGGCAUUCUGCAUUGAUCGAUACGCUAGUGCCGGAACCGGAUGGCCUGUCAUAAUCGAUGAAAGAGACGUCAUGACAAAUUUACCCGCCAGUGAAACAUCAUUCAUCAAGAGCAAGCCCGAGCGUACUAUACGUCUCAGCAGCGUGAUGCGAGGGGAAGGAAUCCCGACUCUGUCACCUUUCGCAAGUGUUGUAUUGCUGGCAGGCAUGUUCGGCCGCAAUCUUACCCAUCUCCAUCGUCCUGAUCCGCAAGAUAACGACCACGAUCUAAAUGGCGAGUAUUGGAAAAGGCACAGAUGUCUUGACAAUAUUUUGCUCCAUUUCGCGUUGACGAUGCCCAGCCAUCUGCGGCUUCCAGCUGGAAUAGCCGACCCGAAUGUCGUCUUCUGCAAUAUGGCUAUCCAUACGUCGACUAUUUGUCUACACCAAGCUGCCAUUUUUAAAGCGGAGAAGAACAAGAUGCCUGACCAGAUUAUCACUGAGAGCAAGCGGAGGUGUAUUGUUGCCGCGGACCAAAUCUCAAGCAUUAUGAAAAUGAUCAGUCAUACAGAUUUGACUCUUAUGAAUCCCUUCAUGUCCUUUUGUGUGUACGUCGCCGCGCGAGUCUUCGUGCAGUAUCUGCAGUCACGGCCGGACGACUCGGCUGCUCGUUCAUCCUUGCAAUUUUUCUUCUCAGCACUUGAUGCUUUGAAGAACAAGAAUCCUAUGACCGAGUCGUUCCUUGUACAGCUCGACGUUGAUAUCGAAGGAACAGCGUUCCGUGAUAUACGGCGUCCAAUGAACGAGGCGCAGCAGGACAGGGUGCCUGGUUUUGUGAACGGAAAAUGCACAUCCAUAUUGUCUAUAGGGCAAUGUCACAACGAGAGCCAAUCUAGCCAUGAAUCCCGCCAGUCUGGUUUUCAGACCUCUGCUUCACUUCCAAAUCGCCAAAGACGAGCACCAGCUCAAGGCCAGAACUUGGAAGGUACAGCAAUGGCUGGAGUUUCGCAAUCUUUCGUUGAAUCGUCAUAUAAUCUCAGUUCCGGGCCUGAGACGGUAGGCUCAGGGACAGAUAUGGAUCUUUCACCGGGUUUCGAUGACACUGGAAAUCCGAUAUCGGAAGGAUCAACAUCGUCAGCAGUGAAAUCGUCCUCAAACACAUCUUACGUCGGUGCUAGUAGCACAUCAUCGCCAAAGGUACCGCAGCAAUCGCCCUUGAAUUUCUCGAAUCAAACACCCAGCAAUGUGCUCAGUAACAGUGAUUCGGUGCAAAUGCCAUCAAACACCGCGAAUGCUGGGCAAUUUGACGGUUUUACGUACAAUGAUAAUAUCUUUUCAACCGACGCUAUACCAUCACUCGAUACUAGUGUUCCAGAGCCUCCAUUCUCCAUUCCUCCAUCAUGGGAUAUUGCUGCUACACAAGCAUCCAACGUGGAAAAUAACAAUAUAACGCCCGCGACAAUGGGGUCUCUCAGUGAGACUCAGUGGGCACAACUCCUCAGUUCCAAUAACUGGGACGCCUGGCGAAACCAAGGCUAA